AUGAUACCAGAUAUGUUAAUUGUCGUCAGCUCUUCCCCCGGCUGCUGUGACGAGGCUGGAAUUCCUCGGAAGAGAUCUCUACCCUCUCUCUCUCAAAUACACUCGUCACUAUAUCCCAAAAUACCAAAAAAGAAAAAAAAAAAGAAAGAAAGAAAAAAGAAAGAAAAGGGAACACUAUUUCCUUUUAUACCUCUCUGCUUUGUCUUGUUUUAUCUUCCCCGUUUUAUGUAUGAUGGUUGGUCUGUUUAUGUUGCUUCUCUCGUUUUUGUUUUUUUUACUCUUGCCUACUCCACGGAUCUUACCGAUGCUUCAAACGUGCUACAGGACCACACGAGCGCUCUCUUUCUUUUGACUUUUGACCGGUUGGAAAAUCUCUUUUUGAUCUGUGUUGCUAUAUAUCCCCUUCUCGUCCACAUUGCCCAGUUCCAUCUCAUUCUCCUUAUGUGUUUGUUUUACUCUUUUUGCUCCCCUCCUUUCAUCUCUACAUGCCCAGGUCAGUCAUCCUCUAGCCCCCGACCUGAAUUUCCUACUCCUUGCCCCGUUUCCUUUUUCUACUACCGCACCUUUUUACGAGACAUCUGA